ACCAACCUUGGUUAAACUAACCGGCUAGUUAUUCCAACGGAAUUGACCAAUCGCAUUUGUCGUUAAUUAGAAUUGACAAACAUCAUUUGUUAAUUCCGAUGAAAUAACUAGCCGGUUAAAUCAACCGCAGUUGGUAGAAAGGGUAUUAGCAACUCUGCUUUGUAGACGCCGUUUUAAAAGUCUUUAGUUCGUCUCCGUGGCAGUUGGGUGUGAUUUUUGCAAACUACGAAUAUUUUUUGAUCGUGGGGACUGGCGUACGCGUUGUCCUUGUUUUUCUUUUACCUUCAUACUACUGGAAAAUGGCGUAUGGACAAAGCUGAAUGCAGUCCGGAGCCAUAUAUUGAACUGAACUGAAUUACGUGUGAGUAGCGUUGGAGUAUCUAUUGUAUGCACAGAGCCAUCUAUUGAAGAAGAAGAACUGAACUGAACGCCGUUUUAACCUCUAAAGAUCUUACCAUUUCCCGCUGAAUAUAAACUGUGUUUUGAAUAUUGUUGCUAUGCUCAGUCCGGAAACGUGGGAUUUUAAACCACCGCGACAUCAUUUUUCUGUAGUCAAGAGGGAUUAUAGAAAAGCAGAUGUACCUGCAAUGAUGAAGAAUCAUUACUUUAAUCAUUCGAUAUCUGUAGUUCUUCCUAAUAUGUUUACUGUUCCUGAAAAUUUAUUAAAUUCUCUAUCGGAAGAUACCGAUUACUAUCGAAUCAAUGCAUUGCGUACCUGUGAUUUACUAAAUAGAGAAUUUAUUGAAGCCUUUAUUAAAAAAGGGCAAUUUACUCUCCUAACUGUAGAAAACAAAAUAGAUUUGGAAAAUUCCAUUUGUGUAACUCCAACUGGAUACUUAAUAAUUUCUUUGAUAACUGAAGAUUAUCAAGCACUUGGAUUAGAGGGAAAAGCUUCUUCCUUUAGUCAUAAACCUCAUACACGUUAUAUUGUGACAAUCAAUUUAAAAGAUGAAUGUUUUAUUCCUACUAAAAAGAAUUAUGAGAGAGUUCGAAUAACUUUGGAAAAACGGUUCAAACAAAACUUUGAUGUAAUAAUAGCAUGGGAUCCACCAGAGACAAAUCUUUGCCCAUCAUCUGUGGCAGCAUGGUUUUCCACACAUGGUUAUAAUGUUUGUCUUUGUCAUCAAAUGUUUUCUCAAAGAACUGAAUAUUCAUUAAUGAUACCUACUCUUCAAGAUGGAUGCGACAUCGAUAAGUUCUUCGAAUGGCUUGGAAUUUUCAGCAUUGCUGGCGAUUUAUCCGACGAAACAGACGAUUACACAAACACAUAUAAGUAUCUUUCUCCUUCUAUAUAUGUUGGACAAGUACAGUAUCUACAAUGGACUGGGUUCUUUACACAAAAACAAGUGCAAGAAAUAUAUGAUGUUUUAAAAGAAUGUAUAUUAUCACAAAGUACUCUACUCUGGGUUAGUUUACAUGUACAGGGAUUUGCAGACAGUCCUGUUAGCUGGGACUUAAAAGAGCAUAUGUUUUUUAAUGAUGGAGACAAUAGUUACACGAUUAUAUUUCAACCUAAAGGUGAAUCUAUUGUACGAAGAAGUUUAUGUUCUAAUAACAAGCCAAGAACAUAACAAUAAAUUAAUUUUUUUAAC